UCGCCGCUGAGUAACAGCAGUGGAGUAAUGAUGGCGUCCUCAGCGGCUCGGUGCUCCACACGCUGGAUAACAGUUGCUGUGUUCUCCGGUCACCGUCGUGCUUGCUGUGCUCUGGCCCCUUCUUCUAAUGGAGGUGCCAGAAGUCUGUCGACUUUAGGAACACAGAAGAUGUGGCCGGGAGGCAAUGCAAUGCGCGGGGGCACGGGGAAUGCGUUGACAUUGAGAGGGCUGUCAGUUCCAGGUGUCAAAUCUCCCCAUGUCAUCUGCACACUGUCCUUCCACACAAGUGCCCCGGCCUCCAACAAACAGGACUUCUACACAGUGCUGGGGGUACCACGCACUGCCACCCAAAAAGAGAUCAAGAAAGCAUAUUACCAGAUGGCCAAGAAGUAUCACCCUGACACCAACAAGGAAGACCCUAAAGCCAAGGAGAAAUUUGCUCAGCUGGCUGAAGCUUAUGAGGUGCUGAGUGACGAGGUGAAGAGGAAGCAGUAUGACACGUACGGGGCGGCAGGGUUUGAUGCCAGCCAGGCGGGUGGUGGUGGACACCAGCAGUACUGGAGCGGACAGACCAGCAGCGUGGACCCAGAGGAACUGUUCCGCAAGAUCUUUGGGGAGUUCUCCGGAAGCCGCGGCUUCGGUGACUUCAACGCCAUAUUUGAUCAGCCCCAGGAGUUUAUCAUGGAGCUGACGUUCAACCAAGCUGCCAAGGGGGUCAACAAAGAGAUGGCGUUCAACACUGAGGCCAGCUGCCAGCGCUGUGAAGGCAAAGGGAGCGAGCCGGGUACCAAGGUUGUGCACUGCCACUACUGCAACGGCUCUGGCAUGGAGACGGUGAACACGGGCCCCUUUGUGAUGCGGUCGACAUGCCGUCGCUGUAGUGGGAAAGGCACUGUGAUCUCCACCCCCUGUAACUCCUGUCACGGGACCGGACAAACCAGACAGAAAAAGACAGUUACGGUGCCUGUGCCAGCAGGUGUUGAGGACGGUCAGACGGUCAGGAUGCCUGUGGGGAAGAAGGAGGUGUUCAUCACGUUCCGGGUCCAGAAGAGCCCAGUGUUCAGACGGGACGGAGCAGACAUCCACUCUGAUGUGAUGAUCUCUGUGGCUCAGGCUGUACUGGGGGGCACGGCCCGGGCACAGGGCCUCUACGAGACAGUCAACCUCUCGAUCCCUGCUGGGAUCCAGACAGACCAGAGAAUCCUCCUCUCUGGGAAGGGCAUCGCACGGAUCAGUGGCUAUGGUUACGGAGAUCACUACGUCCACGUCAAAGUCAGAGUCCCCAAGACCCUGACAGACAGACAGAAAGCUCUGCUCAUGAGCUACGCAGAGGACGAGACUGAAGUGGAGGGGACUGUCAAUGGUGUCACCAGCACCACUGCAGGUGGGGGCAGCAGUGGUAAGCAGUCUGGGGCAGGUCAGGACAGGCAAGAGGAGGGAGGAGAGAGCAAGGAGGAGCAGGGCUUCUUCACCAAGUUAAAAAAAUGGUUUAGCUCUACCUGACAGUCACAAACCAGGUAAAAGGUCCACUGGGAACUGAGAGGAGAUAUUGGAGAGGCGAGUGGCCGAGGUAGAGAGAGGAUGCCCUAAGAAGACAGCUACAUGGCCAUAAGGAGAGACCAGAUAUGGGGGAGUGUUGGAGGGAUGAUGUCUACUGUAUCCUACUCUGGCACUGGACUAGUCUGGUUAGCCCAGAUCUACCUUCACAGAUCUACCUUCGUCCUUGAUCAGUUCCCUAGCAGUAGAAGACAAUGGAAUGAAACAGACUCAAACAGAAUGUGGUCCUAACUCACUCCUGCUGCCUACGCUAUGAAAGUUACCAGGAAGUGACUGCCCCUUAGCCUUGUAGUUUUUUGGAUGGUGUUCAAUGUGCAAAAAUGUUGCGCAAUGGUCUUCAAGCACAUAUUUCAUAAAAGCCAUCGGUUAGAAGUAAAUUAAUCCACAAACGUAAAUAUAAUUAUACAUAUCUUAAAUGACCGUGUGUUAACAAAUGUGCCGAUAUAAUCAUGAAGUCCAUUCAAAAGAUUAAGGGACAUGAUCCGGAAGUAAAGCGAAAGGUGCGGCUACGUUCACAGGGUAUUCCAUAGAUUUUCCAAAUGUUCCUGUCCAUCAGAUUCCUAACCGUGUGGUAGCAGCAGCAGUCACUCAAAGUAUGGUCUUUCUGCUGUCUUCUCUGAGGAAUGCACUGUUGCCAGUGAUUGCCAAAAAACCCAUGGAUAUACAAAACAUUAGGAACACCUUCCUAAUAUUGAAUUGCAUCCACUUUUGCCCUCAGAACAUCCUCAAUUCGU